CUAAAACUAACCAGCGGGUAAUCCAACCACAUGAGAAAGAUUUAAUGCGACCAGUCCGUGCGCGAUUUUUACGUGUUUGUAACGAUUUUGUAAAGGAUAAAUAAUUUUCCUUUAACUAUAGUCGUACCCAAAUCUAUUGUAAUGUGAGUAUUCCGAAUAUAUUCACAUCUCAAUUGGGGUACACAGAGACCGACUCACGAAUCCAGGAGUGUACAACGUAGAUGUACCCUCCGAGUUUGCCUCUAUCAUGGUUGUCACUUAUUGACAACUAGUUUUUAUCGAGUCUUUAUCAUGUGAUUACUCGUCAGUAUCCUCUUCUAGAUAAAUACUCCUUUGUAAACCGGUAGAUGUACUGAGUGAAUCUCUCCUAUGAUUCAUGGGACACAGUGAUGCAAUUAGCACGGACAACUCUGUCUUACUCCAUGAGCUUAGGUGAAUCGCUCGCCCUAUGAUCAGCUGUGCGGCGACGUACAAACCAGCUUCAGUUGUAUAAUACUGAUGCAGUCAGCUAGGCUUCGAUAAGAAAGGUUGAAGUUAUUCAAGCCCAUGAACAAUGUGAAAAAAGUUGAGUUGCUAUAAUCGAAGUUUAGGCCGCAAGUCAAGUUUGUGUGUCCUGUUAUUAAUUCUACGUUUGCUUGAGGUGGCCCCUUGGCCUGUAUCACCGAUGAUGCGCCUAUUAAUUGGAACAGUUAACUGUGAGGAUUACAUUUUACUGAAGUGGAAGUUACCGUAAUGGCAGUGGAAGCAGAAUACAGGUGUAUGAGAACCUUUGAAAAUCAAAUUCAUUGGAAGUUACUGAUGUAACCUAACCCAUGUGAUUCAUUUGUUACAACCAACCAGGAUACGAAGACGAGAAAGGUCUCGUGCCGGAACCGAUCCGGACAUUUUUUAGUUGCCUGAAACCAUUGUGUCCAUGCGACGGGACAAUCGAAAGUUUCUUGAAAAACAAGGGUAAUCAAUGACAGAAAAUGCCCAUUACGCAAAACAGCGGCCAGCGGAGCUCUGUGUCAGAUGAGGGUGAUACGACAUCACUAAACGAUGAACAUGAACAAAGUAUGGUCAUCAAUGGAGAUCGAAUUCCGGUGGCGUUCGUGCAAAGGCUUCGUCGGAGAAAAAUGUUGGCGUGUGCAGCUAUUCUCUUCACUGUUUUCGCCGAACGCGUAGCUUUUUACGCUCUUGCCGGCAAUCUCUACUUGUUUCUGAAUCAUCAUCCGCUAGCAUGGACAUCUCAAGACGCUAUGAUGGCCCUUCUCGUAUUUACGGGAACCACUUUUGUCGGCGCGUUCUGUACCGGUUAUCUAGGCGAUGCCUGUGGCCGCUUCAAGAUUAUAUUAGUCUCACUGCUCGUCUACAUUCUUGGACUUGUCGCGUUCGUGACAAUAGCUCAGUACCAGAACUCAGAUGGGGGCGACUUUAUCGGCCUCUGCCGAAUCACCGACAACAACCAAAGCACUGUAACUCGUAAACACUUAUUUAACUUGUCUGAUCAAGAUGAUGUGUGGCUUGCACCAUUAUCUGAAAAUGAGUAUGUAGAGAAUACAGCUUAUACGUUUCAUGCAGCUGACACACCUGCUGUUAACGCUCAAGUUGAACACCAUGGCGCGCAAAUGCAGUGUGGUACUACCAUUUAUGCUCUACUUGUCAUCAUUGGGCUUGCUUCGAGCGGAAUUAAAGCAAAUAUUGUCCCCUUUGGUGCCGAACAGGUUAAACAAGAAAGCCGUACCGCAGUCAGAAGCUACUUUACGAUCUACUACUGGGUGGUGAACUUGGCGGCUUUUCUCUCCAUUCUUGUGCUCGCUUAUAUCCAACAAAGUACAGCAGGUGGAUUUGGACUGGGCUACGUAAUCCCCACAGUGGUGUUGGUCAUAUCAGUAAUCCUUUUCUGGGUCGCGCACUCGCUCUACGUUAGAGAGAACCCGGAACACCCUGUUCUCUACAGUAUUAUUCAAGUGAUGAUUGAAGCUUGGCAACAGAAUCGCGUAAUGGGGGGUCGCCGCGGCUUGGCGGGACGUCAGUGGUUAGACGCAGCGAAGAUUGAGUUCGGAGGCCGAUUUGAUAACGAACUUGUCGAAGAUGUAAAACAGCUCAAAUUCGUGGUGGGAGUUUUUGCGCUUCUUAUACCGUAUUGGGUACUCUAUUUUCAAAUGCAGACCAGCUUCCAGGAACAAGGAUUGCAUAUGCGUCUUCUUCCAACAUCGAUGCUACAACCCAUUAACAGUAAACAGGAGUUUACGAUUCCGACGGCUUGGCUUACGCUGUUCAAUGUCAUUUUUGUGAUUCUAUCGGUGCCAAUCUUUGAGCGGUGUGUGUACCCACAGCUGGAGAGACGCCAAAGAAGUCCUUCGACAAGUUUACGGAUCCUCGUUGGUUUGAUUUGUGCUGCGGCAGCGAUGCUGUGUGCAGGUGGGGUUGAGGUGCAUCGUUUACAAUUAGUCCGCAACAAUGAGACAAUCAUUCAGGUGAUCGACGGUACAGAAUAUGUGGCAGCUGACAUGUGGGUGUUCUGGCAAAUACCGGCCUACUCUUUUGUUGGCCUUUCCGAAAUUCUGGCGUCGAUAUCCGCCGUAGAACUCGCCUACAGUCACGCGCCAGUUUCAAUGCAGGGUGUAGUAAUGGGACUAUUCUACCUUUCGACGGGUCUCGGAUGCUUUUUCGGUUCGUUCCUGCUGUCAAUUGUGUCGCCAUAUUGGCUGGCAGGAAAUAGUCCGAAUUCAUCUCGGCUGGAUAACUACCUUGGGCUAUUAGCUGCCAUUGAAGGCGGAUCAGCAAUCGUUUUUUAUUUCUGCGUCGUUCGGGGUAGUGGUAGCCGACCCCUUCGAAGUACCUACGCAUAGAUACAAUAACAGUAUUGGCACAUACAAAUGAAAGACACUGUCAACGUUUCCAAUACCCACAACGCCCAGACACUCCUUGAGGCGCCAGGGCGACGUGCUGAUUCUUGUGUCGAUAGUCCCGCUUGACUUUAAGGUCUGCCAUCAGUCAUGUAAUGUCCCUCCUCUUGAGAUCUGACUUUGCAUCGUGAUAUACAACAUUUUUAACUAGUAGGUCAUCGUGAAAGUUACGACACAAGGGUUUUUCUCCUCGCCAUCAUUAUUACUUUUUACCACUUUACGAAAGGGGAGAACUGCGUGCCAGAGAGACAAAUCGAAUAUUUGUGUCGCUAGUAUGUAGUUCCAAUGUCCGCUGAACUGCCGAGUCGGCGAGGUUGUGUGUACUGCUAGUCGCUUACCAGGGCAUCCACUUUCGUGUGCAUGAACAUAAACCGUAACUACCUAUAAUUGGGCACAGAUAGUCCAGAAAACUGAACCCUAAUGCCAGGCAGCGGAACUCAUAGGAUUCUUAGCAGGAGCGAAGUUUAUCUGCUGCAAAGCUUUGAGAGCUGGUAGUCUUGUUUUAAUAUAUUAGAAAUCGAUCAUAGACAAAUUUUGUGAUGCUAUGAAAUGAACCUAAUACGUCAAUCAUUAAAAAAUUAACAUUUAUGAUGAAGAUAUUCAGUUAGCUAUGAGGUGGAGGAGGCUAGUUAGGUGAGGCAGAAUCUGUAGCACAAGAACUAAGCCGGGAAAAAAUUUCUCUGUUUGCCAUUGUUGUUAGCCAAAUAGAUUUUUCGUUGUUUUCAAGCAUUCCUCUGUUAAGUUUCCGGCUAGAGCUGACGAUCAUUUAGGAUGUAACGUCGAGUUCGAGGGACGUCUGUGCAAAGUGCAUUUGAUAAGCCGAAAGCCGUUGGCGUGCACCCCAUAUAUGCUUUAAUACUACAAGGAUAUUUUAGCCAUUCCACCUGUGAAUGGCGGGCGAAGUUCUUGUAUCUCUUGUACAAAAGCUAGUGAGUAGCCGAUAUUGGUACUAGUGAGAACGUGACAUCUGUAACACCUAUAUGAAAAUACACGAGUGCGUGAAUGUAUGCGUAAAUGCAUGUGAAAGUGCGUGUCCAUAUAUUAGCUCUAUGAAUCUAUGAUGGUUCAAGAAUUAUUUUGUAAAAAAAACCUGAACUAAUUUGCAGAAAACAGUAGCACGCAGCUACUACAGUGUGGCUAAUAAUUUAUGCUGUUGUAUGUAACUAAAUGGUCAUGAUGAUAAUAGUAAUGCUAAUCUACUUGUGAGGAUUCUUGGAGAACUCGGACUUAUUGUUCCUAUUCAGCUGAAGGUUAAUGUAUGCCAAUCAUUCUAGCUGAAGCUUGAUGUAAGCUUCACGCCGUGCCUUAUCAACCUAAGGAAAUGUACUGAACGAUACACCCUCUUUACGAGGGAACAUUUUGUGGCCAAUCUUGAAACAAACUGGAAUUUUUUUAUAAAAUGUGUGGUACUCUGAGGGUCUAGUUACGGUUCGCCACUAAUAUCUGUGUUGAAAAGCUUGUUUUUAAAUUUGUCGAUGUCUUCUAUUUGAUCUUACUGAGCCAUUAUUUACAGUAGACAAUGUUCAAAGUGAAUGUUAGACAUCAGAAACUAAGAAUUUCCUUUUAUUUAACAUCAAUAUGAUUCUUUUUUUGUUUUGAAUGCGAUAGUAUUCUAAUAUUAUGUAACCUGUCGUUCCCGUCGAAAACAGCUUGAUUCGGUGUACUCUUUUUCUAACGUUUCCAAAAUUCUAAAGAUGAUCCCGUUUACAUCGCAUCACUAAUAAACUAUGUUCCUUUUUAGUCUGUAGAGGCCUUAAUAUGAACAUUUCUACUUUUUAGAGUUGUCAGUUUGUCUCCUCAAAUACAAUUUGCAAUCAUAUAAAGUUCUAGCUUAUCACUUUAUAAUAAUUUAAAAAAUAUCGGUAAAUUAUAUAUAUUAAAAAUUAUCGGUAAUAAUAAAAAAAUCGGCCUGAUUUAGUAAAAAAAGUUGCCCAAAUACUGUUUUUGUACGAGCAUAUUUUGUAGAAACGGGGCUAGAUAUACAAGUAGAAAUACAGAAAGAAGAACUAGAAGGAUUAACCGGAAUUUUUGGUUAGUCUUAGUGAAUUAGUAAAGCCCAUAUGAAAACUCUAUUCACACUAAAAGGAGCAGACAAAACAGUGGCAGUGGGUAGAUUUUUCCGAUCAGCUUUAAUCAAGAGAAACAAGAAGGUAGUGGGUGCUUCACCAGUGUUUGGUUUUUAGUGCUGAAAUAUGGUUUUGUGCUCUUUCAGAUUUUCAAGUUUCCUCUUUACGCAUUGCCGCUUACUAAAAAUAUUUUCACUAGUUACACAUUACAAAAGAACAUAACAUAACAGAGAAUUUUAAUACUACCGUCAAGGUUGACUCCCUUGAUUUUAUUGAUGAAGCUACCUGCUACUUGCUAAUUAAGGCAUAGGGAAAAUUUCGCUUGUAAUAUCGUCUGUGCUAGUGAUCAGUUAUGACGUGAAAUUGGCGUACUUACUAGACUUCUCUAUAUGAUGUUCAUCUAAACGUCUUUGCUGAGUAAUUCCAUAUGUAUAUUUGCCACAUAUUUCAGAUUUUAUAUUUUACGUUUGCCACGACUUGUUGCACCAUUCAUGAUAAAACAUUUAGUAAUUACAAAGCUCUAUUGAAAUUGAUUAACAAGCAAUAUUGUUAGAGAAAAAUGAGCUCCUCAAACUUGUGAGAAAGAUUCAAAUAAAUAUACACUAUGCAUAUA